AUGGAUCCCCAGCUUGCAGUCUCUUUUGUUGUUCGAUUUCCUGUUAAAUUUCCGUGUGGGUUGAUCAUGCAGCGACUGCUACUCGAUUCAGACACCAUGGCGCCGCCGGAGAACGGUGGUGGUGGUGGUGGCAGCCAGCAACAUGGGUCUUACAACAAAGAAGCAAAUGUCGAUACGAAUAUGGUGAUCAUACUGGCUGCUUUACUGUGUGCUUUGAUUUGUGCUCUUGGGAUUAAUUCAAUUGUACGUUGUGCUUUGAGAUGCAGCCGGAGGUUGGCGUUUCAGACUUCUGACGCUGCCGCCGCUGGACGGUUGGCGGCGGCGACGACGGGGGUUAAGAAGAGGGCGUUGAAGCAGUUUCCGGUGGCGGUUUAUGGUGGUGGAUUAGAGAUUCCGGCGACUGAGUGUCCGAUAUGCCUUGGAGAGUUUGAGGAUGGGGAGAAAGUAAGAGUGUUGCCACAAUGCAAUCAUGGGUUUCAUGUACGGUGUAUUGAUGUAUGGUUGGCAUCACAUUCGUCAUGUCCGACUUGCCGGCGGUCGUUGGUGGAGCUGCCGGCGGUGGUGGCGGGAAGAUCCGGCGAUGGUGGUGGAGGCUGAU